AGUAGCAGUAGCCAGUAACAGAGGAAAAUAGGCAUUUAAGACGCAGAUGAGUUGUUGACUUGACUUAAAACAGAGGAUAACGAAGUUAUGAACACAAACACACGGAGAAAGAAAGCACAGAUUCCAUUCCUACAUCUAAAAAGAAUUGGAUCCGGCUUUGUUUCAAGAGGAUUCCGAGCUUUACAAUCACUAAUCGAUUUCCAAAUCUUUUAAAAUUUUCAUGAGCACUCAAGGAGCACCAUCUUCUUCUUCUUCAACACCUAAGAGGAAAUACGAGGUGUUUCUUAGCUUUAGAGGUUUGGACACCCGUAGAAAUUUUACAGAUCAUCUAUAUGCUGCUUUGCAACGGAAGGGUAUUUUGACCUUUAGGGACGAUGAAGAACUUGAUAGAGGACAACCUAUUUCACUAGAGCUCUGGAAAGCAAUAGAAGAAUCGAGAUUUGCUAUCGUCAUUUUCUCAAGAAACUAUGCAUCUUCGACAUGGUGCUUAAAAGAACUUGCAGAGAUCGUUAAAUGCAUGAAAAAUAGAGGAUUGACAAUUUUGCCAAUUUUCUAUGAUGUGGAUCCAUCUGAUGUACGGAAACAAAUAGGAUCUUUUGGACAAGCUUUUAAAGAACAUGAAGAAUGUUUUAAAGAGAAGAUGGAGGUGGUGGAAACAUGGAGGGCUGCUUUGAGAGAAGUGGCCAAUCUCUCUGGUUGGCAUUUACAAGAUAGGCAGGAGUCAAUAUUUAUCCAACAUAUUGUGGAAGUGAUAUUACAUAAAUUGAGUUCAAGUUUCUCAUGCAUUACUAAUGGCUUGGUUGGAAUAAAUUCUUCAGUGGAGAAAUUGAUCAAUAUGUAUUUAGGUCUUGGGAACAAUUUUUGCAUGAUUGGGAUUUGUGGCCUGGGGGGUUUGGGAAAGACAACUCUUGCUAGAGUUAUUUAUGAUAUGUUCCAUAAUCAUUUUGAAGGUUCUAGCUUUGUUGCUAAUGUUAGAGAAGUAUCGAAAAAAGGUGAUUUGCAUCUAUUACAACAACAACUUCUUGAAGAAAUUUUGGAGGAAAGAAAUAUAAAGAUAAGGAAUGUUUAUCGAGGAGUUGACAUGAUCAAGAAUAGGCUUUUUUAUAAAAAAGUUCUAGUUGUUCUAGAUGAUGUUGACCAAUUGGACCAGUUACAAAACUUAGCUGGAGAGCAUAGUUGGUUUGGAUUGGGAAGUUGGAUCAUAAUAACAACUAGAGAUGAACAUUUGUUGGUUCAGCAUGGAGUGCAUGAAAUAUAUAAGCCUAAUGCACUAAACAUUGAUGAUGCUUUAAAACUUUUUUGUUUGAAAGCCUUCAAAAAUGAGCAUCCCAAAGAAGGUUAUAUGAAGCUCUCCCAGGAUGUUGUGUACUAUGCUAAAGGCCUUCCAUUAGCCCUUGUUACUUUGGGUUCCUUUUUGGUUGGAAGAACAAUGGAUGAAUGGCAAAGUGCGUUGGACAACUUUAAAAAAAUUCCUAAAAGAGAAAUAUUCGAUGUACUUAAAGUAAGUUAUGAUGGACUUGAGGAAAUGUGGAAGGAGAUAUUCUUGGAUAUUGCAUGUUUCUUUAGAGGUGAGAUGAAAGAUCGAGUAAUAGAAAUAUUAGAGAACUGUGGUUUUGAUGCGAGAAUUGGUGUGAGUGUUCUAGUGAAUAAAUCUCUCUUGACCAUAGAAGGAAAGAAGUUGUGGAUGCAUGAUCUACUACAAGAUAUGGGUAGAGAAAUUGUUCAUCGAGAAUCUCGUGAAGAGCCUGGAAAGUGCAGCAGGAUGUGGCUUUAUAAGGAUUUGUUUCAUGCAUUGACGAGAGGAACGGCAACAGAAGCAAUCCAAGCCAUAGUCCUAAAGUCUUCUCAACUAGAAAAAGAAUACCGGAGCAUUGAAGCCUUUUCUAAACCUUUUUCAAAGAUGAUCAAUCUUAGAUUGCUCAUAAUUGAUAAUGAGGAUAUCCCCAAUGGCCUCAGUCAUCUUUCUAAUGACCUAAGAUUUCUUGAAUGGUUCAAUUAUGGUUCAAAAUGUUUGCCAUCCAGUUUCAGACCAAAAGAGCUUGUUGAACUUAAUUUACCAUUUAGCCACAUCAAGUAUCUUUGGCGCGGAGUAAAGAAUUUGGACAAGUUAAAAUGCAUCGAUCUCAGACAUUCUGAAAACCUUAUCCAGACACCUAACUUCAAAGGGGUUCCGAUUCUUGAGAAAUUAUAUCUUAGUUGGUGUAGUAAUUUGGUUGAGAUCCACCCUUCUCUUGGGAAACUAAAAAGGCUUUUUAUUUUAGAAUUGGAACACUGUCACUCACUUAUCAGUCUUCCAAGAAUGACUACUAAAAUGGAGUCUCUUACAACUCUAAGGCUUUGUGGCUGCUCAAAAUUCAGGAAGGUUCCAGAAUUUGAGGGAAUAUUGAAAAGCCUAUCAGAACUUGAUUUGAGUGGGACUGCUAUUGAGAAACUACCCUCAUCAAUUGAGUGUUUGACUGCCCUUACUGUAUUAGAUCUAAGAAACUGUGAAAAUAUUGAACGUCUGCCAAACAACAUGGAUGGUUUAAGGUCUCUUGAAAAACUUGUUCUUUCCGGAUGCUCACAAAUUGUCGAGUUGCCAGAGAACCUGUGGAAAAUAAAUUGUUUGAAAGAACUAGAUUUGAGCCGAAUUGGAUUAAGAUGGCCAAUAGAGAAAAUGUUUUCUAAUGGUCGCUUGUCGUCGCUAAAAUAUUUAACACUAAGUUAUACCGAAUGUGUCACACUGCCUGCAAGCAUCAGUCAACUUUUGAAAUUGGAAACUCUUGAUUUGUGCUACUGCAAGCAGCUUCAAUCAUUGCCAGAGCUUCCACCAACUGUGAGAUAUAUAAAUGCUAAAGCUUGUUAUUCCCUAGAAUCAUCAACAGCACUACUCAAGAUGAGCACUUCGUUACAGCCUCGCUCCCUCUUCGGUUGUCAGUAUGAUGUGAGCAAAGGUGAAGUGGCAUUUACAUUAUUGAACCAUUACCUACAGGGACUCCUUUGUCAGAAAACUGGAUUUGAAACUAAUACCAAAAGCAAAGAGGGUGUAUCCAGAACUGAAUUUCAGUUAAUUAUUCCUGGAUCUAAAAUUCCACAGUGGUUAAAACAUCGAAGUGUGACGAAUUCAGUAAGCAUAGUGCCGCCUCCAAAUUGGUGUAAUAGUAGAUGGAUGGGAUUUGCUCUCUGUGCUUGUUUGUAUGCAUCAUAUUCGCCUAUUAUUGCUAAUGCUGAGGAGCAUGGCAGAACAUCUGGUCUUAGAGCUCGUGUGAUAGCCCUUGGUGAUAUGCCUCACUGUCAUUGUGCCACUGAAAUUUUCUUUGGGAUGGAAUUAGGUGCAGACCACAUUUGUCUAUUGUAUCUAUCUCGUGAUGAUUGGUUUGCUACUGGUUGGAAUGGAGAAUGCAAUCAGAUUGAGAUUGUAUUUGAGACCACUAACCCAUCCUGGGUUACGCAGAAAUGUGGGGUCAGUUUGGUAUACGAGGAAGAUGUGGAAGAGUUCAACCAAUCAAUUGCACAAUGUAGCAAUAGCCGUGUCAAUACUAACGAGGGUUCUGUUGGUAAUAAAUUAAAAUUUUCCUAAGCUGCUAAGAAUGCGACAAGUGGCACAACAAGGAGAUUACACCAGUAAAAGCAUGAGAGCAUAGAGAAAGAUAUGGGAAGCAGCUGCGGCAGUUCCUAUGG